GUCCUCCGGCCGGCCCCUUCCUCGUCGUCCUCGUCGUCCUCGUCGUCCUCGUCGUCCUCGCAAAUGCGGACUCAGAGCAAAGCAGCUCCCUUUGGCACGGGGAGGAGCGCCGCUAACUCGACCACGCUCGCUCCCGUGAGGCGGCUCGCUUGCCGGCGAUCUCCGACGGACGGCUCGCUAGGAGGUACGCCGCCCGUUAGAACGCGUGCCGUUGCUACCGGCUUUCUUUCCGCGACGCCGCUAAGCACGCCUGCGUCCAGUCGGCGCGUACUCGCGUACCGCUGGCGGCCUCUUCCCGCGGCGCCGCCCGCGUUGGCGACGCGGUGCCCGAUGCCGGAGUGAAGCCAGCGGUUCACUGCUGUGGCGCCGCCUGCCGGAAGGGCCGGAAAGCGCACCCGGAGCCGACCCGCCGCCGCGCUGCCAGGUGGGGAAACGGGGCGGGCGGGAAGCGCUUCGAGCCGAGUAGCCCCGGGCUCUCCCGUCCUCCCGAGUGCCGGCAGUGCCUCCGUCGUGAACGCGAUCGGCAGCUUUCGUCGGUGCCCUUUUCCCGUCUGCUUUUCCCGUGGCGGUGGCGGUGAAUCGAGAGAGGAAGCGGUCCUGGGGCACGGCUCGGGGCUCUCAGGGCUUCCUUGGAGUUGCUGGGAGCGUCUGCUGUUAGCAGCAGUUGCUGCGGGAACUCUCCCGUGCUUUCAGCACUCGACCUCCGUUGUACUCUUGAGGGCUUCACCCGACGGCUGCGGGCUGCGGGCUGUGGAUGCGAUGGCAGUGGAUGCAAGUGAGCAGUCCCGUGAGAAGCUCCUUGUUUGCCAAGUUCCUGCCGUGAGGCUGUAGGACCGAGGCCCUCUUUAGCGCACCGCUACAGAGCCAUAGGAAUCUGGGAUGCUUCUGCACACGUACGGCUUGCUGUGCUCUGAUGUUAGCAAUGGAGGCGGGGAUUUGGGAUUUGGGAUUUGGGAUUGGGGAUUUGGGAUAUGGGAUUUGGGAUUUGGCCUUUGGCUUUUGGCCUUUGGCCUUUGGCCGGGGAGGAGAUGGAUAGCGAUGGCUGGAGGUUCUCUUCCCUUCAGGAAAGAAGCUCCUGCUCUGGCUCCGCCAAGGCUUUGCUUCUCUCCUAGAAAGAAGCCAUUCCAGACGUUUGGGCUGCUGCUGCGUAAUCUCUCCUUGGAAUGCUGGGGACAUCACACCCGAAAUGCUUGGGCGUUUGCUUUGUUGUUCAACAGACGCCUGCAGUUCCCGUUCUGGCAGCGGCUCGGUGCAAGCGCAGGCCCAAGGGAGAUGUCAGCUGCGGAGACGUGCCCUUCCUCCACAGCACGGGAAAGCAAGUCGGGGAGAAGAGCUGGAGGCAGCUGAACCUAUAUGAGAAAAUGGAACUGAGAGACCCUGCGAAGGAGGAGAUCCCUGAGAAAAAGCGCAACACCAGCCAGAAGCUCAGCCUCGGAUACCUGCACAUGGCCGUCAGACAGAAGACGGGCAUGAAGACGAGAGCAGGGUCAGACCCUAAAGAACAGCAAGGCCACCUUGGCUAUGGAGCAGACAGUGGACCUGAAAUUGCAACAAGAAACAGGCUGCUCUUCAUUAACAUCCGUCGUUGCCGUCAUCCUCCCUACGGCUUCUCCUGUAAGAAGAUGUGGAAGAAGAGAAACUGAGCACAAAGCUGCCACCAUAUGUGCAAAAACCCCUGCAGAAUAAAAAGUCCUGCUCAGCA